UCCAAAAGAACACAAAUUCUCAAGAAAAAUCUUGAAGAACUGUGAAAUCAAACUAAAGAAAUGAUGAUGAUGAUACUUCUCUUGUGGUCAAUAAUUUUCAUGACCAUUCUCUUCUUAAAAAAAAAGUUGAGUGGGAAGAAAGGUAAGACACCUCCGUCACCACCGGGACUUCCGUUGAUCGGAAACCUUCAUCAGCUCGGCCGUCACACUCACCGAUCACUAUGCUCUCUCAGUCGCCGUUACGGUCCUCUUAUGCUCCUUCACUUAGGCCGUGUCCCCGUUCUUAUAGUCUCUUCCGCGGACAUGGCUCAAGAAAUCUUGAAGACGCACGACCAAGCUUUCGCAAACCGCCCACGGUCAAAACUCUCCCAGAAGCUUCUUUACAACAAUCGCGAUGUGGCCUCAGCUCCUUAUGGAGAGUAUUGGAGGCAAAUGAAGGCUGUGUGCACCAUUCAUCUCUUAAGCAACAAAAUGGUACGAUCUUUUCGAGAUGUAAGAGAAGAAGAAAUCACUUUGAUGAUGGAGAAAAUCCGGAAAUCGAGUUCUUUGCCGUUUAAUGUAAGCAAGGUCUUGGAGAGUUUAACUAACGAUGUGAUAUGUAGAGUGGCUUUAGGACGGAAAUAUGGUGGUGAAACUGACUUUAAGAAAUUAACGGAUAGACUAAGCGAGCUAUUGGGGACGUUUAGUAUAGGGAGUUUUGUACCGUGGCUUGCGUGGAUUGAUUGGAUCCGCGGUUGGGAUGCUCAGCUAGAUAAGAUGGGAAAGGAUCUUGAUGACUUCUUUGAGAAAGUUGUGCAAGAUCAUGAAGAUGGCGACAACCGAGAUAGGUUUGACUUGAUCGAUGCAUUGCUCAAAGUUAAAAGAGAGAAGAGUCCCGGGUUUGAGAUAGAGCGAGUCAGCAUAAAGGCAAUCACGUUGGAUGUUUUUGUGGGUGGUUCCGACACAUCGUUCACGCUUUUGGAAUGGGCAAUGACAGAGCUUCUACGUCACCCAGAGAGUCUGAAAAGACUCCAAGAAGAAGUGCGUACGAUUUGUAAGGGCAAAUCAAGUGUAUCAGAAGAUGACAUUAAAGAAAUGAAAUACUUAAAAGCUGUCAUCAAAGAGGCACUCAGGCUACAUCCUCCAUUUCCAAUGAUGGCUCCUCAUGAAUCAACAGAAGAUGUCAAAUUAAGAGACUACCACAUACCUGCCGGUACACAAGUGAUGAUGAAUGCUUGGGCCAUCGGGAGAGAGGUUGCGACAUGGGGACCAGACGCGGAGGAGUUUAAACCGGAGCGGCAUUUAGAUACGUCUGUUGAUUUCCGAGGUCAGAACUUUGAGCUGCUUCCAUUUGGAGCAGGGAGAAGGAUUUGUCCAGCAGUAUCAUUCGCUGUGGUAUUGAAUGAGGUGGUUUUGGCUAACUUAGUGCACGGGUUUAAUUGGAAAUUACCGGAGGAAUCUAAAGAAGACAAAACCGAUGUCGCUGAAUCCAGCGGUUUUUCGGUUCACCGCGAGUUCCCUCUUUAUGCCAUUGCAUCACCUUACUUGACCUAGGCAUUUAUAUAUAUAUAUAUAUAUUAAUGCUUUGUUAUGUUAUGUUGUGGAUUUGUUCUGAUUUCUCGCCAUGGGUUCUGGUUUUUUUUGCUUUUCUUCUCUAAGUUGUUUUCGUUAAUUGUUAUGUGAUUUUAGUUAUUUUAAUCAAUCAUCUUGCUUUCUCGCUCUCA